CUGUGGCGGCGGCGGCGGGAAGGCCGUUCGUCCGCCCCGCGCUACCGGCGGCUCCCCUUUCCCCCUCCGCGGUUCUAACCUCCCGCCGCCGCCGCCAUGGCCCUCAACAAGUCCAUGCACGCCCGCAACCGCUACAAGGACAAGCCGCCCGACUUCGCCUACCUGGCGGCCAAGUACCCCGAGUUCCAGCAGCAUGUGCAGACCACCCUGGCGGGCAGGGUGAGCCUGAAUUUCAAGGACCCCGAGGCAGUGAGGGCCCUGACGUGUACCCUGCUGAAGGAGGAUUUUGGGCUGACGAUCGACAUCCCCGUGGAAAGGCUUAUUCCUACCGUUCCCUUGAGGCUGAACUAUAUCCACUGGGUGGAGGAUCUCAUCGGUCAUCAGGAUGCUGCUGAGAAGCACGUCCUGAGGCGAGGCAUUGACAUAGGGACAGGGGCCUCUUGCAUAUACCCAUUACUUGGAGCAACUUUGAAUGGCUGGUAUUUUCUUGCAACAGAGGUGGAUGACAUGUGCUUCAAUUACGCCAAGAAGAAUGUGGAACAGAAUAACCUGUCUGAUCUCAUAAAAGUGGUUAAGGUACCACAGAAGACUCUUCUAAUGGAUGCACUGAAAGAAGAAUCUGAGAUCGUUUAUGAUUUCUGUAUGUGCAACCCUCCCUUUUUUGCCAACCAAUUGGAAGCAAAGGGAGUAAAUUCUCGAAAUCCACGGCGUCCCCCUCCCAGUUCUGUAAAUACAGGAGGGAUUACAGAAAUCAUGGCUGAGGGGGGAGAACUAGAAUUUGUCAAAAGAAUUAUUCAUGAUAGUCUACAACUUAAAAAGAGGUUACGAUGGUACAGUUGCAUGUUGGGGAAGAAAUGCAGUUUAGCACCAUUGAAAGAGGAACUUCGAAUCCAGGGGGUUCCUAAAGUUACUUAUACUGAAUUCUGUCAAGGACGCACCAUGAGAUGGGCACUGGCAUGGAGUUUCUAUGAUGAUGUACAAGUACCUUCACCUCCCUCUAAAAGAAGAAAAUUAGAAAAACCCCGAAAACCAAUUACGUUUAUGGUCUUGGCUUCUACAGUCAAAGAGUUAUCCGUCAAAGCUGCAGCUAUGGGCUGGGAUGCUGUAGAAGCUAUUGCUGUGGUUAGAGCCUGGGUAGAGAAGAUCCUCACUGAUUUGAAGGUUCAGCAUAAACGUGUUCCAUGUGGAAAAGAUGAAGUCAGCCUGUUUGUCACUGCCAUUGAGAACUCCUGGAUUCAUUUGAGGAGAAAGAAACGAGAGAGAAUAAGGCAGUUACGAGAACUUCCUCGGGCUUCUGAAGAUACUUUGCAAGCAAUGGAAGAGGAAAAAACCAGCCAGAAGAGUGUGAGCAACAAUUCGGACUCUGAAAACCCUAAGACUGAAGACUCUGAAAUGGGGUUGGUGGCACCUGAUGAGGAUGUCCACUUGACCACAGGUGACGAGCUAACGGAAGAAUCUGCUGUCAAAGAGGAACACAGCGAGCAUGUGAAGGAGGAGGAGACGGAAGCAAAGCAGGCAGAAACAUCACUUGGCAAAGGUUCCAGUAAUGCAAAGGAGGAACCUUGCCUUUCAGAGGAAGCCAGCAAUGUGACAGUUGCAAAAGAACAAAGUCCCAAAGAAACUAAUAGAUGUUUUCUCUUUAAGUGCUUAAUGAACGUGAAGAAAGACGGAAAUGAUGUAUUAGUAGAAAUGCACUGGGUUGAAGGAGAGAACAGAGACUUGAUGAACCAGUUGUGCACAUACGUUCGGAACCAAAUUCUUCGACUGGUUGCUAGUUAGCCCUUUUUCCUAUUUUGGUAAAGUAAGUCAAUCCUCAAAUUUUGUAAACUAUUUUUAAUGGAUUAAAAUUUUCAGCUAGAAAAACCUGUUAUUUCCCUUUUAGAACAUGAGUAAGAUGGAGGUUUAAAUAUCUUUUAAUAUUUUAAAUAGCUUUUUCAAAGCUGUAAGGAGUACAUGAAGUGUACUUCAUUGGAUGUGAAGUGAUGGGGAACUAAUAGAUUUUGUGCUGCAGUUGUAAAACUA